GCCAACUGGAAUGCUUAGGAUGGACAAGCGCACGACACGCGGCGCUCAUGCAUAGCAUUCGCCGACCAGGCGAAAGAGCCCCUCCUCCUCGUACCAGGGUUCAUCCUGAAUCAGAUCCGACGGUCCGUAAUCGCCACCGCUCUCUCACUCGCACCCGCGGCGAGGAACUCAACACCUUCUUCGCUCCGAGAAGCCAAGAGGAGAGAACGUGGCGACUGUUUGGACAGUUUCCCACGUAUAUAAAGCCGCGUACCAUCCUCCCCUGUCACUCGUACAGUUCCACUUUUCAGUUCGAGUUCGAGUUCUGACACUCUCGCUCGUUAUGGCGAUGGCGCCUCACGGCGGCGCCGGCGGAGCACCUCGUGCGUGCGCGGCGUUUCCCGACAGCCUCUUUCAAGAAUCGGGUCUUGAGUUGGAACAGGCAAAGCCUUCGGCGAAUUCGCUUGAAGAAAUCGCGUCCGUUGCUGUUCUUGGCGGCGGUGACCCCGGCGAGAUGGGGUCUCCGCCUUCCCGUUCGGUUCCGUCGCCGAGAGUAGCCAUUGGCGACCGCAAAUUUGAAGCCGGGUCGCCUCCGCGUUCGCGCCUGUCCCGGCCCGAACCCUGUUCGGCUCUGCUCUUGCAGGUGGUGAAGAUCAAAGAGGAAGAGGAAGAGGAAGAGGAGGUGGUGGCGGCGGCGAUCAUGGCUGAUCCCAGGGACGCUGCCGCUGUGUCCCCGUCGUGCUCGUGGCGGACAGCCGCGGAGGAAGUGGCGAGGCCGAUGGAGGGGCUGGGGGAGGCGGGGCCGACGCCGUUCCUGAGGAAGACGUACGAGAUGGUGUCGGACCCGGGAUCGGACCGGGUGGUGUCGUGGGGUUCGAGCCGGGACAGCUUCGUGGUGUGGGACCAGCACGAGUUCUCGAAGCAGGUCCUGCCUCGAUACUUCAAGCACUCCAACUUCUCCAGCUUCAUCCGGCAGCUCAACACUUACGGUUUUAGGAAGAUAGAUACAGAUCAAUGGGAGUUUGCGAACGAAGGUUUUCAGGGAGGGAAGAAGCACUUGCUGAAGAACAUAAAGAGGAGAGGCAAACUCAGCAAGCAAAGGAAAACAUCGAGAAGUAAUUUUACUUCGGAUUGCCUGAAAGUUGGAAAGGAAGGCGAACUCGAAACGCUUAAGAAGGACCAGGAAGCGUUGAAGGCCGAGAUCCUGAAACUAAGAGAAGAGCGGGAGAACUCGCAGCAUGAGAUCAACCAGGUCACAGAGCGGGUUCGCAGUGCCGAGUGCAGGCACCAGCAGAUGUUCCUCUUCCUCUCCAAAGCAGCGAAAAGCCCGAACUUUGUCCAGCAUUUAAUCCAGAAGAAAAGGCACAAGAGAGAAUUAGAUACUCGUGAAUCAAGCAAGGAGAGCAAAUUGCUUGGUCCAGAUGGCGAAGCCACCAAAUGCUUGCUCGAAGCAAUGGAUCCCAGGAUUCAAAGCCCAAAUGUUGAUUGCCCGAGAAUCAGUGAUGAUUCGGCACAGAUGCAGUCUCGGCCAAAUAGUGUCUUGCCGGAGGAUUUUGAAGACAUUCAGAUGCGCAAUCCAUGGCCUUCUCCAGUGGGUGGUGGAGAUUUCAGGGUUGCGCAGGGUCAGAUGCCGGAUCAGAUGGCCGCAGCUAGUCUGUCACAUUUGUCUUCGGUUUUCCAUGAGAUGUCCGAGAAACUCCUCGGAGACAAUGUGGUCGUUGGUGACGAUGCGGCCGAUGUAGAAGAAGAAGAAGACGACCUGGCGGUGAAUGACACAAGAAUCUAUCUUGAACUGGAGGGUCUGAUUGAGAAGCCAUGUGGUUGGAGUGAGUACACAAGUGAGCUGGUGGAGCAAGCAGCGGUUUUGAUGCCCUAAAUUUCCAUCGUUGCUUCUCUUUUUGUGGACCAGAUCACAUGACGCAGCUUUUGCAUAAUUGGAGAGAGUUUCUGAAGUGAAGUCUCUUUUGUUUGACCGAACGAAGAUAUGCUGGAAACAGGAAGGAAGAGGGAAUCCAACCAUUAAACUAGGUUCUUGAUAUGUCAACGGCAAAUGCGCAUACGUGUACAUAAGUAGAUGUUUCUUCCUUUUUCUCCAUUGUAUCAGUCCCCUAAGUGUUCUCUUCUCUAGUUUGUACCAUCUUCUUUUUCUUUUUCAGUGUGUUCUAACCAGUUAUGUAUAAAGAGAAGCUGUUUAUAGUGCGAAAUGUUCAAUUUCAGUUUUUUUCCAAAUGUUUUACACGACCAAAUUCUAAUCAGGAGUCACCAGUUGUCCAUGUAUUCUUACAGAGACAUCUUUCUUUUUUCUUGAUAGAGCUCCAUGGGGUUCUUGUCGAAAGCUUCAAGUAUGUCCAGAAGGAUCAGUUGAUUGAUUGCA